CAACGUCACUGGAAGGAGGAAGUGAGAAAGCAUUUGUGGGCAGAUCGUCAGGAAGCGAUAUGAACCACUGGACUCAAUCUCCACACCUGGAAUCCCCACAGACUGUUGACCUGUCAGAUCCUCUGUCUCACAUCUGGCUGCACAUCUGGACUCGUUGAGUCCCUCCGCGAUGGACCCGCUGGACUUCCUGGAGCCGGAGGAGCUGCUGCGCUUCUUCCACUGUCACAAAACAGAGAUGUCCUGCAUGGAGAGCCCGCGCACGUUCCUCAGCCAACUGCGGGACCACGACCUGAUCCCGGAGGACACGUACACGAGAGUGAGUCACAUGAGGAAAAAAGAAAACAUAAAGAAAGCCCUGUAUGACGUGCUGGACUGGGUGGAGCAGGAGCGAUCCCAGCACAUCCACCUGUUCUGGAGAUGUGUUUUCAAAGACACCAUCCUGAACCUCUACCCAACCCUGCGACUGCUGCGUUACAGCCUCAUGGACGGAUCUUUCCAGUUUUACACGCAACUGCCCGAGAAGGAGAAGGAAGAGACAGAUGAAAGGAAAAGGAAGGAGCUCUCCGAAGUUGAGGAGGAAGAGGAGGAGAAGGUGAGCUCAGUGAAAAAGAAGAGGAAGCUGUUGAGGAGGAGAAUGUGCGAGGAUGAUGAGGAGCAGCAGCCCGGUCCUUCCUCUCAGCUGACUCCACGUCAGAGGAAAAAGUCAGAGAAACUGUGCUUCUAUUCUCCGUUUAAGAAAGGAGAGAAACCCCCCAUUUGGACUUGGCCACUUUAUAAGACUCAGCUUCCUGUGACCUGUGGAUCCCAGGAGGGGAUUCUGAGCAGGGAGCGCCUGGCGAAAGGGGAGACGUGCAUUAUGUUCCAGAAACGGUGGUUUACUCCCAGUGAAUUUGAAAAGUUUGCAGGGAAGGGAAGCUCAAAGAACUGGAAGUUGAGCAUUAGGUGUAUGGGUUCCCCACUGGCAAGACUUAUAGAGGACGGGCACCUGAAAUCAGCAACAUUCAAAAGAGGCCAUAAAACGGCCAAGAGAUCCUUGUUUUCAUCUGAUGGUGCAAUCACAGUGUCUGAGGAAGAGGAUGAUGAUGAUGAUGAUGAUGAAAAUGAGGAGGAUGAUCUGCAAAACCAGGAGGACCGGGUUUCUGACAGCAACAAAGAAAAUUCUACGGACGUCACAGAUCAAGAGGGAGCGACUGAGAACCAGACGGAGCCAGAAGUGGGCAAAGUCUUCAAAGUGACAUGUGGAGCUGAAGCUGGUACUUUACACCAAAAACGAUUUUCCUCAGGGACUCGUGGAAAGUGUAUUCGAACAGAGAAGAGCUGGUUGACCCCCAUGGAGUUUUUAAAGGAGGCAUCAAGUCAGACAGGCUUGUGGAAGAAAAACAUUGUGUGUGAAGGAAAACCACUCUGUGCUCUCAUAGAGGCGAACGUCUUGAAGAUCCACUCCCUGCUGUGUACGUGCAGUCUGUGCAAACCAAAUGAAAAAGAUCUGGAGAAUCAGAAAAACGACGAUCAGUGCUGUGUGUGUAGAAGAGGAGGAGCUGUCCUGGUGGUGUGUGACUCUUGCCCUUAUUCCUUCCACCAGAAAUGUCACCUGCCACAUGUAGAUGACAACCUUUUGGGGGACGACAGGCCGUGGAUGUGUACGUUCUGUGUAACCACUCAGGACUGGCGGUACGGUGAUAAGCGGGAAAUGACAGCAGCCCUCACCCGCCGGAUCUCAGGACACAUACUGGAAUGUCAGUAUCUCGUCCUGCGUCUGUUCAGUGCUGAUGACAAACAAACCUUUGCUUUAGACCCAUGCCCCGACUUGGAAAGUUACUCCACACAUGUCCAGACUCCGAUGUGGCUGGAAAAAGUAGCAGAGAAACUCCAGGGGAUGGAAUACGAAACGGUUGGAGAUUUUGUGUCUGACGUCGAACUCAUAUUCACCAACUGUGCCUCGUACAACCAGGCUAACCCGGAGCUCCUCGCCCUGGGGGACAGACUGAAGCAGUUAUUUCACUCGCAGUUCAAAGAAGUGUUUAACAUCGGUGAACCGAGUGGUGACUGAUGAGCAGGGUUACGUUUUCAAACUCGGUACUCAGUUGGAAAAAAAGGCUUGAAAGUUACAGAAAUGCAGUUUAGUUGGAUUUUGUGACUUUUUUCCGUUGUAUUAAUUAAAAUAACUCAGGUGUCCGACUUUAUCCAACUUGACUGGAGAAAGUAUUUUGCAGUGUAAACUGUAUUUUUUAUCAGUGUAAUUGAAGUUUCAGUGAACCCACGGUUAUACCACUACUUGUGAACAGUGGUUAUUAUGGGAUAGUUCUUACCAUGUGACAACUCAAUUCAGUACUUUUUACCAUUUCACCUUCACUGUAAUGACCAAUGUUUUAAUAUUUAUGUGUUUUCCUUGUCUACAAAACUUAGUGACUUCUCCUAAUAUACUUUAAAUAUAUGUAUUUUAAAAUGUAUUUUCUCCAAAGCAUUUGCAUCAUGCAAAAUAUCUGGAUUUCCAUGUCACUAUACAUAAUUAAAGCAUUGACAUGUUUUAUACAAA